AUGGCGUCCUUCAUUGAGGACCUCUGGCAGUCCAUCUUCACGCCAGGGCCAACACCAACCCUUCUCGUAGCGACCAACGCGACCUUUGCCGCGCUACAAAUCAUCCUUGCCGCUCUCCUCUACGCAACCUUCAGCAUCCACUUCCUCGUCCUCUCGGUCCUCUCAGGGGGGCUAUGGGCUGCCAUCAAUUGGUUUGCUCGCGAGCUCAAGGCGCACCAACAACAAGAAGCGGCAGCGGCGGAGGCGGAGGAGAGGAAGAAGACGAAGAAGCGGGUGUCACCACCACGACUAUUGUCGUCGGAUGAUAGCGAGACGGAGGUCGAGGGGACGGUUAACAAACCCAAGACGGGCUUGCGUAAAAGCGCUGCGGCUGCGACUCCUGCUGUAGCUGCGGUAGUAGCCGAGGUACCGACCGAGUCCCCCGCGGCGGUCAGCACCGAAGUGGAAGCGGCCGAGACGCAUGGGGAGCUGAAGCACAGGGCGGUGGAGGAAGAGGUGCCGAGCCCGAGUCAGGGGUCGAGGAGCACGGUUAGCACGGAGGAUGAAUUCCUAAUGAAAUGCGCCAACGAAACCGUCACAAUCGAGCUCAAAAACGGCACCAUCGUCCACGGCACCAUCGCCUCCGUCUCGCCUCAAAUGAACACCGCCCUGCGCAACGUCAAAAUGACGCCCCGCGGCCAAGACGCUAUCCCCCUCGAGACUCUAAAUGUUCGCGGCAGCACCAUCCGAUAUUAUAUCCUGCCUGACUCGCUGCCGCUGGAUACCCUGCUGAUUGAUGACGCGCCGAAGCCAAAGAAUAAGGCACGGAAAGAGGCGGAUCGGGGUGCGGGUGGUGGACGGGGAGGACGUGGGGGGGGAAGGGGGGGACGGGGACGGGGGAGGGGGAGGGGUUAA